ACUGGAUGAGUUUUUAUGUCUAAACGGUUCCUACUGUUGUUGGUUUCCAAGUUGUUAAGAUUCACGAAAUCGGACGACGAGCAUGGUAGUUGCGUGUGUUCCGCAGGGCAGGAAACCGCAUCAUCUAUUUAUUGGUUUUGUGGUCCAUAUUGUUCGCUUCUGCAGCGAGAAAAUGGAGUGCUGCUGCAGUCCAGUGGGUCUUUAUGCUCGGCCGUCUACCUUCGCUCUUCUCAAUCCUCAGUCUUGUUGCAGGGGAAAUCUUCAUCACACAGUUGUGGAACUUCUGAUAUUUUACAAACCAAAGUGCUGUCUUUUCGUUCUAAGAAAUUUUUUCAAAUUACACACAGAGAGGGCAAGAUCUAUCACGAGAGGACGCUCUCUUUUGUAUCUUCAAAACCUUCCAAGUGGACUGUAUUUGCUGAGUCUGGCCGUCAAGCUUGGGAUUUUGGUAGAUUUUUCAAAACAUUAUAUUUCUUCAAUGGACCUCCAAAUCCUUUUAAGUUUGUUGCAUAUGUGAUUGAAAAACUAUCAAGUGCAACAUCUCCAGAAUCAUCCAAGGAAAUGAAAACAUCUGGUGUGGUCUUAGUAACUGGAGCAACUGGUGGUGUUGGGCGAAGAGUAGUCAACAUCUUACAGAAGAAAGGCAUCCCCGUCCGUGUUCUGGUUAGAAAUGAAGAAAAAGGAAGAAGAAUGCUAGGGCAAGAUGUGGACCUGGUUGUUGGAGACGUUACCAAGAUGAAUACACUAUCUCCUGAGUACUUUAACGGCGUUAAGAAAGUAAUCAACACUGUGUCCGUUAUUGUGGGUCCCAAGGAGGGUGAUACUCCUGACAGGUCGAAGUACAGCCAAGGAAUCAAAUUUUUUGAACCUGAGAUAAAGGGAGAUUCGCCUGAAAAGGUAGAGUUUAUAGGAAUGCAAAACUUGAUCAAGGCUGUAAAGGAUAACAUUGGUCUUCGGGAAGGGAAAUUGCUCUUUGGGAUUAAAGGUAAUUUGUCUGGGAAGCUACUUUGGGGUGCCCUUGAUGAUGUUGUCAUGGGUGGUGUUAGCGAAAGUACAUUUGUUGUUGAUCCUACUGGUAGUGAAGAUGGUGGACCUUCUGGCAUCUUUAAAGGUGUUGUUUCGACCACAAAUAGUGGUGGCUUUACAAGUAUCAGAACAAAGAAUUUUCCUGUACCUGAAGACCUUUCAGCAUAUGAUGGUCUAGAACUAAGGGUUAAAGGUGACGGUCAUCGUUACAAGCUCAUAUUACGCACUAGUGCCGACUGGGAUACUGUGGGAUAUACUGCAAGCUUUGACACUGUAGAUGGGCAAUGGCAGACGAUUCAAAUACCUUUUUCUUCAUUAAAGCCGGUGUUCCGAGCUGGGACGGUCAGAGAUGCUGUGCCCUUUGAUCCAAGAACAAUUAUUUCAUUUCAGCUAAUGUACAGUAAGUUUGAAUACGAUGGAAAGCUCAACCCAAAUUUCGUCGAAGGUGCAUUUCAACUUCCAUUCUCAAGAAUAAGGGCAUACAUCAAAGAGCCAAUUACUCCAAGGUUUGUUCAUGUGAGUUCCGCCGGGGUUACUCGACCGGACAGGCCUGGCCUUGAUUUAAGCAAACAGCCCCCUGCUGUACGCUUGAAUAAGGAGUUAAACUUCAUCCUUACAUAUAAAUUGAAGGGAGAGGAUUUGAUAAGAGAAAGCGGUAUUCCUUAUUCAAUAAUAAGACCCUGCGCCUUAACUGAGGAGCCUGCUGGUGCAGAUGUUAUUUUUGAUCAGGGAGAUAAUAUAACGGGAAAGAUUUCAAGAGAAGAGGUUGCGAGAAUUUGUAUUGCAGCUUUAGAGAGCCCUUAUGCAUGCGACAAGACCUUUGAGGUUAAAAGCACGAUUCCAUUCAGCGAAACAUUCACAGUGGAUCCAGAAAACCCACCACCGGAAAAGGACUACGAUGAAUAUUUCAGGACAUUGAAAGCAGGAAUAACUGGAAAGGAGUCGCUUGAGCCGAGGCCCGUGCUGGCUUGAAAGGUUUGAAAUCACAUUCAGACUAUAACUUUUAUGCUGUUUCUUUCAUGUUUGAUUGAUUAGUAGCUGAAAGACUUGUCCAGCAAUUGAGCUACCAAAUGUCAACUAUUUCUGUAUAUUUUUUGAAAAAUUUUGGGUUAUAUAGUAACCGAGAUGUUCAUAGGUACUGUUUUUGCAUGUGAUUUACAAAAUUUUAGCUUGGACUA